AAAAAAAAAAACAAAUUAAUCUUUUUAUCGUUCUGCUUCCAGAAAUCGCGUAACGGCUCCGGGUCUCCGCGUCGAUCCACAUCCCGUCGCCGUCGCUCCUCUUCUUCACCGAUCGAUUCUCGUCCCUGAACGAUGAGUCGCGUGUUCGAAGGAUACGAGAGGCAAUACUGUGAGCUUUCUGCAAAUCUCUCCAAGAAAUGUACUUCAGCUAUUGCUCUUGAUGGAGAACAAAAGAAGCAAAAGCUGUCUGAAAUCAAAUCCGGAGUUGAGGAUGCGGAAACAUUGAUUAAGAAGAUGGACCUUGAGGUGAGAAGCCUUCCACCAAGUGUUAAAUCCAGCCUCCUUGUGAAGCUAAGAGAAUACAAAUCAGACCUGAAUAACUUCAAGACUGAAGUGAAGAGGAUCACGUCUGGGAACCUUAACGCAUCUGCUCGAGAUGAGUUGCUAGAAGCUGGUAUGGCAGACACUGUGACGGCCUCAGCUGAUCAAAGAUCGAGAUUGAUGAUGUCUACAGACCGUUUAGGCAGAACCACAGACAGAAUCAAGGACAGUCGGAAAACGAUGCUGGAGACUGAGGAGCUUGGUGUUUCGAUCCUUCAGGAUUUGCAUGGGCAGAGGCAGUCUCUUUUACGCGCACAUGAGACGCUUCAUGGAGUUGAUGAUAACGUGGGGAAGAGUAAGAAGAUAUUGACAGCAAUGACGAGGAGGAUGAAUAGGAACAAGUGGACCAUUGGGGCUAUCAUCACGGUCCUUGUCCUUGCUAUUAUCUUCAUCUUGUAUUUCAAACUCACCAGGUGAAGCCUCCCUGGUCAAAUAUCUAUGUUACUGAACAACUCUUGUGUCUUCUCUUGAGUGUAUGUUACUGCCUUUGGUCUUAUGACUAUGCUAAUCAAAGUUACUACUAUUUGUAUACCUCUUGUGAUUGAUUUGGUGAGGAAGCUCUUUGUUAA